AGCGCGCGCAGGCGCCCUUGCUCCGUGAGGACCCGGAAGUGGGGGAGCCAACGGCCUGCCAGGCUCGUGGAGGUUCUAGCGCCAGCGCUGCUCUCAGGGACGUGCUAUCAUCUGGGAGACAGAAGCUCCUUGACGUCAGGGUCGCCUCGUAGGAGAUAAAGUCGAAGGAAGUGAAGGAACCUUUCAAAGCUGGCAGAGAAGUUGUCUCCUCCUCCUCCGAGAUGUACAGAACCAAAGUGGGCCUGAAGGACCGGCAGCAGCUCUACAAGCUGAUCAUCAGCCAGCUGCUCUACGACGGCUACAUCAGCAUCGCCAAUGGGCUCAUCAAUGAGAUCAAGCCUCAGUCCGUGUGUGCGCCCUCCGAGCAGCUGCUGCACCUCAUCAAGCUAGGAAUGGAAAAUGACGAUACAGCCGUUCAGUAUGCGAUUGGCCGCUCCGACACCGUCGCCCCGGGCACGGGGAUUGACCUGGAGUUCGACGCAGACGUGCAGACCAUGUCCCCAGAGGCGUCGGAGUACGAGACCUGCUACGUCACGUCCCAUAAAGGACCGUGCCGCGUGGCCACCUACAGCAGAGACGGGCAGCUCAUAGCUACCGGGUCUGCUGACGCCUCCAUAAAGAUUCUGGACACCGAAAGGAUGCUGGCAAAGAGCGCCAUGCCCAUAGAGGUCAUGAUGAACGAGACCGCGCAGCAGAACAUGGAAAACCACCCGGUGAUCCGGACUCUGUACGACCACGUGGACGAGGUCACAUGUCUCGCGUUCCACCCAACCGAACAGAUCCUCGCCUCUGGCUCCAGGGACUACACGCUGAAACUAUUCGAUUACUCCAAACCUUCUGCAAAAAGAGCCUUCAAGUACAUUCAGGAGGCAGAAAUGCUGCGCUCCAUCUCCUUCCACCCUUCCGGAGACUUCAUCCUCGUCGGGACCCAGCACCCCACUCUUCGGCUCUACGACAUCAACACGUUUCAGUGCUUCGUCUCCUGCAACCCCCAGGACCAGCACACGGACGCCAUCUGCUCCGUUAACUACAACCCCAGCGCCAACAUGUACGUGACCGGGAGCAAGGACGGCUGCAUCAAGCUGUGGGACGGCGUCUCCAACCGCUGCAUCACCACUUUCGAGAAGGCGCACGACGGCGCUGAAGUCUGCUCCGCCAUUUUUUCCAAGAAUUCUAAAUACAUCCUUUCAAGUGGAAAAGACUCGGUGGCUAAACUCUGGGAAAUAUCAACGGGACGAACGCUGGUCAGAUACACGGGCGCUGGCUUGAGCGGGCGGCAGGUGCACCGGACGCAGGCCGUCUUCAACCACACGGAGGACUACGUGCUGCUCCCGGACGAGAGGACCAUCAGCCUGUGCUGCUGGGACUCGCGCACGGCCGAGCGCCGCAACCUGCUGUCCCUGGGCCACAACAACAUCGUGCGCUGCAUCGUGCACUCGCCCACCAACCCCGGCUUCAUGACCUGCAGCGACGACUUCCGGGCCAGGUUCUGGUACCGCAGGUCCACCACGGACUAGGGCCCGCCCGUCCGCGGCUCCUCCCUCCAGGACUCGGCCCCUCCCCUGGGUCCUGUCACCAGCCUCGGUGGCAAGUCAUCGUACCAUCUGCGGCCGUCGGCUGCCCCUGCACAGCCCGCUGGGAUUUGUACAAAAGGACCCUUUUUACCUUGAUGCGGAAUCGUGGUGGAAAAGGGGGAGCCACGGAGCUGUGCGGUUCUGCAUUCACAGGCUGUCACGGUGUGACUGUCAUCGGCUGUGUAAAUACAGACUUGCCGUUUCUCUGCCUCUCUCGGUCACUCGAAGAAGGACAGAGCGAGUGUUCCAGUGCUUCCCAGGCCUCAGGUGGAUUCCCGAGCACUUCUCGUCGGGCUCCGUGGUCCGUGGUCCGUCCCUGCCUGGGCCACGCCCUCCCUGUGUGUCUCCUUUCAGGGCACAUUUGGCAGAUGAGCAGGCAGACCGCCUGAGAAUCAAGAGCUUUGUGCCCCAUUAAAACCACGUUAGAGAAUCAGUCCUGCUCUGAAAUGACAUCCUGAUAAUAAAUCUCAGCUCUGCACCUUCGCUGUUAACACCUUUCUCACUUCAAUGAAAUCAGUGGUCGCUUCUCUGAAAAUUUACAGGAGGCACCCUUCACCACACCUCCCACGUCAUCUCCGCGUUGCCUCCAGUAAAUGUGUUUCUGGUGAGAUCAUCACCAUCUGAUGGGAGACAGAUUUGAAAAACCUGUCCCAUCGUAACAAAUUGGGGGAGCCCCUGCCCUCAGGUGUUGCUUAUCUCCGUGAAUGAUUCCUGUUGAUGGACUUUGUUCUUGUGUCGUUUUGAAUCUUACUUUUCAGCAUGAACCUCAGCUGCUCAGCGUGGAUGCACACCAAAACUUGUGUUCUCAGAAGAUUUUUGCAGUUAACCAAUUUACAUGAGUUUCCUUUUUCUUGAAACUUUUUAGAAAGUGACAGUACCUCUGUGGGCUCAGCUCUAGCUGGGUCAGAGAACCUACACCCCUCACAAAGAUAACUUCGGUUUAUAUUUAUCCCAAAUAUGAAUGACUCAUGAGCUGGGUGGCAGCACCUAGAAAUGUAAUCUGGAGAUAUUGGGUUAAAAAAUAUUAAAUAGAUUCAUUGUUUUAUGUUACAGGAAUUUUAAAGUUUUCUGAAGUUUAUUGCAUAAAAAUUCUUGAGUCAUCCUUAAGGAUGAUGUUAAUUCUUUAGUCUAUGAAACAAUUUUAAGCAUUCUUAGCAUGUUAAGUCACAGCAUUUUUGGUUCAGGUUGACAAAGAUGUGUGUCUUUUGCUGUGUAGUGUGUGAAUUUUAUUUUGUGUCCUGAUUCCCUAGUAUUUGACCUGGGCCUUCUAUGGGUGCUGCUUUUGUAAGAUCAAAAGAAACCACCCUGGGCGGCGUGGCUCGGUUGGUUGGAAUGUAGUCCUGUAAACUGAAGGGUCGUGGGUUCGAUUCCCAGUGUGGGCACAUGCCCGGGCUGCGGUUCGGUCCCCGGUCAGAGUGCGUGCAAAAGGCAGCCCACCAUCAAUGUUUCUCUCCCCCCUUCUCUGUCCCACCCCUCUCCCUGAAACCAAUAAGCAUGUCGUCAGAUGAGGAUUAAAAAGUAAAAGAUUAAAAGGAAACAGUUGACUAGGAACAAGGGUAAGCAGCUCUACC